AUGGUGGAGGGCAGCGCGGACCAGUCAUUGCCCCGAGCGUCGACCCCAGCGAUAGCAGGGGAUGCUAAAUCGCCGCUCAGAGCCUCGACAUUUCCCGGCUCGGUCAACUCAGAGUUUGCGUCCGGUUCUAGUAACAGCCAUCACGAUGCGCAACGAAAUACUCGCCAACCAGCGGCUAUUGGAGGUCCGCUGGUUAGGAACUCGACUUCGAACACGUUGCAUGAAACCCGGACAGAAACAAGUGCUAUCGAUCCGUUAUCACAACAUAUCAUUCAACGCACGAAUACGCAAAAGUCAAUUCCCUUAAAACUAUUAGGCCGGGCAUCGUACGAGGCUGAAGCCCGGGGCUCGGAGUAUAACCUGUCAGAUCAUAGUGCCGCCCGGGGAGAUGCAGCAUCAAACUCAAAAUUGCCUAAGGAAAAGAAAAAAGGUGUCUCUUUCCUAAGUCGCAUCAUUGGUAACAAGAAAAAAGAUACUUGGUCUGAGACAGAGGACGACACUUCAGAAGCAGAGACUAGCCGCAUGUCCCUCGAUACUGCAAAUCAAAUAGGGUUUAUCCCUCGACAUGCAGCACCUUCACGGUACAUGAAGGUUAGGGCUCAUUUCAAGAAGGACAAAAAAUUUGAACAUGUAUUCCUAGCCCAAGAGCUGCAAGGUUCCAAUGAGGAGGAGAAACCCUCAGCUGCAAGUAGACGAUUGUCUACUAGAUCUACGAAGGAUGAAGGCCUAGGCAAGGCAAUUUGGGCCAUGUGUUUCUCUCAUGACGGCAAAUAUUUAGCAGUGGCUGGACAGGACCAAGUAAUCCGGGUAUGGGCCGUCAUUGCCACACCAGAUGAACGGGAAGCAGCUACGGGAGAAGGUGGUGAAAAGUUUCAGGCGCCUGUGUUCUCGCCUAAGCCUGUGCGUGUUUAUGAGGGACAUAAGGGUAGCAUAUUGGAUCUUAGUUGGAGCAAGAACAAUUUCCUACUUUCAUCGUCAAUGGAUAAGACAGUCAGACUAUGGCAUACUAGUCGAUUGGAAUGUCUUUGCUGUUUUCAACAUGGUGAUUUCGUCACCUCAGUCCAGUUUCACCCGAAAGAUGAUCGCUUCUUUUUGGCUGGCUCUUUGGAUACCAAGUUACGACUGUGGAGCAUUCCAGACAAGAGUGUCGCUUUUUUAACGGCAGCACCAGAUAUGAUCACGGCUGUGGCGUUUACCCCGAAUGGCAAGUAUUGCUUGGCUGGAUGUUUGAAUGGCUUGCUCAAUAUCUAUGAUACCGAGGGUCUUAAGGUAUCUGGCCAAAUCCACGUUCGAUCUACUCGAGGGCGCAACACGAAAGGCGCAAAGAUUACUGGUAUCGAGACCAUUAUCACCCCUGAGGACGAUCCUAGUGGAGAUAUCAAAAUACUGGUUACGAGCAACGAUUCACGAGUUCGGGUGUAUGAUUUCCGCGAACGAACCAUCGAAGCCAAAUUUCGAGGGAAUGAAAACACUUGCAGCCAGAUUCGUGCCUCCUUCACAGAUGAUGGCAAGCAUGUGAUUUGUGGAAGUGAAGACCGCAAAGCCUACGUCUGGCCUAUUGGUGCUGUUGAGCGAGACUCUGAUAAAAGGGCCGUGGAGGUGUUCGAAACCCAUUCCGCCAUCGUCACUGUCGCCAUAACAGCUCCUUCCAAAACAAAGCAAUUGCUGAGUCUAUCUGAAGACCCCAUCUACGAUAUCUGCAACCCGCCCCCAGUGGCCCUCGUGAGCCCCGAAGAGUCUGCACAAACCCCCAAGCAAUCAGCACCGGGCGAGGGCAAUCACAAACGAUCUGCAUCAGCCCCACGCGUUUCCAUCGUCAAUCAGAUGGCGCAAGAAUCUCCCUCAUACCUAUCUCGAUCCAAGCACAUGGACGGGAGCAUAAUCAUCAUCGCAGACUACUCGGGUAAGAUCAAGGUCCUCCGACAAGACUGCGCCUACCACAAACGGCGCUUCGAAAACUGGAACGAAAACGCGACAUUCUCCCGACGUAUCCUGCGCCGCUCAAACUCCGCGCGGCACAGCAUUGCCUCGUCCACCGGCAAAGACUCAACCCAUAAGACCCCCUCCGAGCGUAUUAUCUCCUGGCGCAACUCUGUCAACCGCCACGGCCGCUCAAGCACCGAUGGACCUCGCUCUGGUCUCCGCACCCGCUCUCCCUCCCCCCAACGACCUGCCCCAUUUCGACUCUCCUCAUCACGCCCCUCAAGUCUCGGACCAAAUGAGUCUCUUUCCGUCGUAACUACAUCUCCACCUCCUUCUAUCCGUCCAAACGGCGUCAAUAUCGAAAAUGGCAGCACCAGUCAUUCAACCGAAGAAAAUACCAAGCGCCAAAAUGGCAAUGGAAACGGAAACCAUGCAGAUCCAAGAAAACUGCCCGUUUCUUCUGCUGAUCUCGUGGCGAGCGGCAAGGGUAAAGAUAAUCCGCUCUGGUUACAGGGUGAUCACAGCUAUGCGUAUUGGAAUAAAAUCACCCAUGAUGCAUUGGCUGCAAAGUCCCGCAAAGCAAACCAGGAUCUUCUUAGCCCGAGCCGGAUCUCUGGAGCCGAGCGCAAACUUAGCACAGCUGGUAGUGUGCUUAGUAGUGACUUUGGCUCUGAGGCUGGUGAGCUUGAUGAUGAUAUUCUGAAAUGUGAUCAUUGUCGUGGAACGAACUUUCGUGGUGUCAAAGACCGAGGUGGGAAGCAGAGAUUGAUCUGUGUCCAGUGCAAUCGGUCUGUUUCUUGA